AUGGGGGUCUCUACGGCUUUGGAGAUACUGGUUCACCUUGCUGUAUUGGUUUGGACUUGUGCUUGGGACAUUGAUGUGAAUGUAAGUUGUUCCCAGGACUGGAUGAUAGUCAUCGUUAGUGCCGCUUCUCAGAACAGAUACAACCCGUAUGUUUUUCCUGAUGAAUUAGUUCUGGGACAGGGCUGCCCUGCAACUCGAAUACACACAUAUCAGUAUGAUUUUAUAUACCCUAUUUUUCACUGUGGCAUCAGGACAAAGGUUAUCUCAGAAGAAAUCGUCCGUUUUGAAACUGAGAUGUACUUUCGUCCAAGGAAUCAUUGUUUGGAACUUCAGAUAAUCCCUUUGCAGUGUUCUGCAUCUUGGAAGUCAGUGUGGCUCAUGCCAGUGUCUACUGAGGAGGACCCAAAACCACAUGAGAGUUUCUUUAUGACUGACUUUGAAGAUAUGGCAGAAACGUUGGGGUUAAAUGUUCACCAUGCUGCUUCCUCCUUGAAUAGGAGUAGGGACGGUGCUGGCAUCACAAAUUUCACUGCAAGGUCAGUCUUUCACCUGUCCCUGCACUUGGCUCUGGGCUUUGGAGUCAGCCUUGACGAUAGGGCUGCUGCCGAACUUCUGUUUACCUAA